AUGGAAUCUAUAGGAGUGUUAAUGACAUGCCCAAUGUCACCAUACCUUGAACAAGAGCUAGACAAGCGCUUCAACUUUCUCCGGCUCUGGAAAUUCCCCGAAAACCAAAAAAACCACUUUUUGAAGUUGCAUUCAGAUUCCAUCAGAGGAGUCGUCGGAAACGCAACAAUCGGGGCUAAUGCGGAGUUAAUCGGAGUAUUACCGAAGCUUGAAAUAGUAUCAAGUUACAGUGUGGGACUGGACAAGAUCGAUUUGGGGCUUUGCAAGGAAAAGGGAAUCAAAGUCACUUAUUGCCCAGAUUUGAUCACGGAUGACGCUGCAGAUACUGGAAUUGCUUUGAUUUUGGCAGUUCUGAGGGGGAUUUGCAAAUGUGAUAGCUAUGUUAAGAAUGGCAUUUGGAAGAAGAACGGUGAUUUCAUGUUGACGUCCAAGGUCAGUCAGUCUCCUCUGUCUUUUUCUUUUUAG